AUGUAUGAAGGAUCCGCUUCCCCUCAGGGUGCUGGGGGCAGCGGUAGUGUGCAUGAGGGGCAGCAAGGGAGCAAUCAGGCAGCCCCCUCUGAGGCCGCACCUGAGCCGAGUGUAUGGACACCUGACGGAGCAACAGAGCCUGCAGACCCACCAACAGACCCUGCGAAUGCUCCGUCCCCUUCCGCAGGGGGGCAGUCACGGACUGAAGUGGCUGCGCACCCAGAAUCCGGAGACAGACAGGUGGAAUAUGACAGGCAUAGGAAUGGGAAUUCAGAAGACAACAGCGAGCUUCUGAGUUUCUUUGUUGGAGGCCUUCAUCCGGAAGUUAGCCGGGAGGAGCUACAAGAGUAUCUUUCAGGGUUUGUCACAGUAGAUGAUAUUGACAUCAAGAUGGAUGCCGCUACAGGGAAGAAUAGGGGAUAUGCUUUUAUAUCGGUUCGUCCGCCUGCGAACACAGAAGCUUUCUUAAGCGCAAAACACGUCAUCAGGGACAGACAAGUGGAUAUUAGGGAAUUAACCAGCAAGCCGGCUCCAGAGAGGCAGCCGGAACGGGUGCCUGAGAGGCGCCUGAGCUGCAGCAGUGCGAACAGGCACAAAAUAUUCAUAGGAGGCAUUACCUCCUCUAUCACGGAAGAAAUUUUGCAGCAACACUUCGAGCAAUUCGGGUCCAUUGAGAAAGCAACCAUAAUACGGGACGGCUCCGGAAAGAGUAGAGGAUUUGGCUUCGUGCAGUUCACCUCCGUGGAUUCGGUUGCUAUCGCCGUUGGCGCUUCACCUCACCAACUAGACGCUGAUAAUAGAGUGGAUGCUCAACCAGCCCAAGACAGAGGUGCUCGUAGGCUGCCGGGAGGCCGCUACGCUACCUCACCGUACUACGAGCAGGGUUACUACAACUACGGAAACUAUGGGGGCGGGGCGGGGCCAUACGGUUAUCACGCUGCAGCCGCUGCUGCUUAUUCGCCCAUGUACACCCCUAAUCCCUACGGGGCUUACGGGAACUAUGGAGGUUAUUAUGGGGGAGGCUACGGAGACGCUUACGGAUGCGCCGAAGGUGGCUACGGGGCUGUCAGAAGAGGUGAGAUUGAGUCGCUGCCGUUUCUUGUCUGUGGAGCAGCGGUAUCCCCGAAGUGGGAUGAGGGACAGCCUGGAGGGGCAUCCCGCUCAGCCCGAGGUGCUCCAUACUGA